GCCGCGGGUGGCAGCAGUGUCGCCGUCCCGAGAGAGACCCCUGGCUGGCCGCUGCGGCGCGCGGGAACCAGACGGCGGAAGACUUGUCCUCGGGCAUGGGCCUCUUCUCGCUGGAGCCCUUGCUGCCGCAGCUACUCAGCUUCCAGGGCCUGGCCCUCGCCGCGGCCCUGCUGCUCGGGGUCUUGUGCCUGAGCUCCAGGCGCACCAGGAGACCUGGUGAGCCUCCAUUGAUAAAAGGCUGGCUUCCUUACCUGGAGAGGCCCUGAACUUCCAAAGAUCCUUUAGGUUUCAUGAAAAACACUUCAAAAGCAACAUGGUGACACUUUCACUGUUCUCCUUGGGGGAAAGUAUAUAACAUUUAUCCUGGACCCUUUUCAGUACCAGUCAGUGAUGAAAAACCGCAAAUUAAGCUUUCGAAUAUUUAGUAAUAAACUCUUAAGGAAAGCAUUUUCCAUCAAAAAGAUGGAAACCAAUGAUGACCUGAACGAUGAUCUUCACAUCUGCUAUCAACUUUUACAAGGGAAAUCUUUGGACAUACUCACAGAAAACAUGAUGCAGAAUUUAAGACAAGUGCUUGAACUCCACCUACUAAAAGCCACAGAUUGGGUCAUGACACCGCUGUUGGCAUUCUGCAACUCAGUGAUGUUUGAGAUCACAUUUACAACCAUAUAUGGAAAAAGUCUUGCUGGUAGUACGAAGAAAUUUACUACUGAGCUAAGAGAUGAUUAUUUAAAAUUUGAUGACAAAUUCCCGUAUUUAGUGUCAGACGUACCCAUAGAGCUUCUAGGAAAUGUCAAGUCUAUUAGAAAUAAACUUAUAAAAAACUUGACAUCAGAACACUUAGCUAAGAUACAAGGAUGGUCAGAAGUUGUUCAAAUGAGGCAAGAUAUCCUGGAGAAAUACUAUACGCUCGAGGACCGUGAAAUAGGAGCACAUCAUUUAGGCUUUCUCUGGGCCUCUGUGACAAACACUAUUCCAACUAUGUUCUGGGCGAUGUAUUACCUCCUACAGCACCCAGAAGCUAUGGCAGUGCUGCGUGACGAAAUUGACCAUUUGCUGCAGUCAACAGGUCAAAAGAAAGGGUCUGGAUUUCCCAUCCACCUCACCAGAGAACAAUUGGACAGCCUGGUCUACCUAGAAAGCACCAUUCUCGAGGUUUUACGACUAUGCUCAUUCUCAAGCAUCUUCCGUUUUGUUCAAGAAGAUUUGACUAUACAUUCAGAGCCGCAGGACUACUGUCUGCGAAAGGGGGACUUGGUCGCCAUCUUUCCUCCAGCCUUACACUAUGACCCGGAAAUCUUUGAAGCUCCAGAGGAGUUCAGAUUUAAUCGUUUUGUAGAAGAUGGUAAGAAGAAAACCACCUUUUCAAAAAAGGAAAAAAAACUGAAGUGUUACCUAAUGCCAUUUGGAACUGGAGCCAGCAAGUGUCCAGGCCGAUUUUUGGCAAUUAUUGAAAUAAAGCAAUUGUUGGUUGUACUUUUAACUUAUUUUGAUUUAGAAAUAAUUGAUGAUAAACCUAUAGAAGCAAACUGCAGCCGUUUUCUGUUUGGUAUUCAGCAUCCAGCCUCUGAUGUUUUAUUUAGGUACAGGUAAAAUCUUAAAGAAGCUGAAAAGAAAGAAAAGAAAUCUAUCAAAACUAACCUAAAUGUCCUUGGCUUAUCAAUUUGUUUUGAAUUUCUGCAAAUGUAAUUGCUUUGUUUGUUGUUUGUUUGUUUGUUUAAGAAGUGUCAAUUUAUAUUUGAUCUGUGAUCAGUCCAGUGUGCACAAAACCUAUCAUAAAAUAAAAUAGAAUGUCGACAUGAAAAUGGACAUCAAAAUAAGCAUAAUGAUAAACUCAAAAUAGCUUUUUUAUGUUUUUCUACAUACUGUGAUUUCGCCUGUCAUAGUAAAUGUACCGCAAUAAAUUUGGCACUGUGGGAUUUUUUAAGUCAUUCAUGUUCUUUUCUAAUAUGUAAAACCACACUUUAUGUACAACUGGAAAUUUGUGCUAGAAAUGGACACAGUCUAACAAAUGCAAAAUUCUCAGAGAAGAAGGAAAUUAAAUUUUCAUGAGAUAAACCGAUGAAAAUGUUCCCUUCAGUGUAAUAUCAAUAAUAUCUAUAGCGCCUGAGUACGUUUGCAUUAAAUGAGUUUUGCAGUAGAUUAAAUGCUUCAACUUCACUUCAAUAUUUAAUCAUCCAUAAAUGUUCUUUAUCACUUUGUAUACUAUGGCUCAAUGCAACAAAAUUUCUUGUUAUGUAAGACCACUCAUGUUAAGUUAGAUACUGAUAAGAUGUAUAAGAACACACAAAACCUAUUGCAGAUUCAAGCCGUUGCCCGAGACAUCAGGUCUGUUGUUAGGAGCAAAUGUUGAAAUCGUUACAUGGUAGUGUUUGGUUUCACUGUCAACUGGAAGGGUUGUAUCAGCAUUGCAAUGAACUCUUUCCUAGAUGCUUCCAUUUAUAUAAACUGAGAAACUCGAUAGCAGGAUUUGUUCUUGACACGUCAUCUUUUGGACUUGGAGCUUAUUUGGAUUGAUUACGUAAUGCAAUAUAAUUUAUAUGCCAUAACGUAGCAUUGUGUCCAUGAUUCAAAGCUUUCUCAUUUCAGGGUACCAAGGGAUUAUUGGGCAUCUGACAUAAAUGAUGAUACUGUGUAUAAUCAGGAAAAGCAGGUAAUAAAAUUCAGUUAAUUUGUA